AUAUGCAAAUGUACUUUGUAUGGACAUACAGACUCCGUGAACAGCAUUGAGUUUUUUCCUUUCUCCAAUACUCUUCUCACGGGUUCUGCAGACAAGUCCUUGUCUCUAUGGGAUGCAAGAACGGGUAAAUGUGAGCAGUCACUUUAUGGUCACAUGCAUUCUGUCAACGAUGCCACCUUUGCUCCAAGGGGUCACAUGAUAGCAUCCUGCGAUGCCUGUGGAGUUAUAAAACUAUGGGACUUUCGGAAGCUCUUACCAAUUGUGUCCAUUGAUGUAGGUCCAAGUCCUGGCAACGAGGUGAAUUUUGAUUCAUCAGGUCGAGUUUUAGCUCAGGCGAGUGGCACUGGAGUUAUCCAUUUGCUAGAUCUUAAAUCUGGGCAGAUUCACAAACUGAUGGGCCAUGAUACUGAGGCACACACGGUUGUGUUUUCUCGCAACGCGGAGAGAGUGUUUUCUGGAGGCUCUGACGGCACAGUUCGAGAGUGGUCUUGAUUGUGAGCAUAUCCCACUGCGGAGGGCAUUCCCUUUAAGGCUUGAAAAUGCCUUCUGUAUCCCAGACCAGUAAAUAACUGGUUAAAUAUGCCAUCAGGUAACAUUUACAAUUUGCUUUGAAACAGGCUUUGGACACAUAUUUUAGCGCUCAUACUGUUACUAAUAAAAAAAUAAUAACUUUCUGCUCA